AUGGAGAGCCGCAGUGAGCGGUACACUCCUCCUGCUUCCCCUGCGGCGCCCUGUCUGAGGGUGCUGCAGUGGAACGUGCAGGGCCUGCAACCCAAGCGUCACGAGGUGCUGCAGGCCAUCUUUCAGGAGGGGCUGGACGUGGUGCUGCUGCAGGAGACCCUCACGCCGGCCGACUUCACGCGGCGAGUAGCUGGCUACACCCUCCACUCGCUCCCUGCCACCGGUGAGGGGGGCCGUGGCUGUGUCACCCUCGUCAGGAGCGCCAUCCCUCACCGCAGGAUCACCGCCCCCGUGCACUGCGGGGACGGCGUGGAGACCCUGGCGGUGGAGCUCCAGCUGGGAGCGCUCUCUCUCACUGUAUACAACAUCUACAGGAGCCAGCGACACCAGCUGGAGGCAGGGGAGCUGCUCGGCCUCGCCGCGCACUCAAUCCGUCUCCCCACCAACGCCGCGGGCCGCCACCUGGCCGUCUUGCUGGAGGACAGCCCGCACGUCCGCCUCCUUAACACCGGGGAGGCCACUCACGUCCUGGGGGGCCGCCUCGACCUCACCUUCGUCUCGCGCGACCUGACACCCGGUGCUCGCUGGCAGGUGUACCCAACGCUCACCAGCGACCACUACGGGAUCACCAUUACCACACCAGCACCCCCACCUCCCCCACCAAGGUGGAACAUCAGGGUACCGGACUGGGUCAGGUUUCGGGCAACCCUCGAGGAGUGGUGGGCAGAUUACCAGCCUCCCUUGGACCUGCACCAACAGGAGAGGGACCUGACUGCUGCAAUGGAGAGGACAGCAGACGCAUCCAUCCCCAGGAGCGCCGCCACCCGCCGCCAGCGCCCCAGUUGGUGGUUCUACAACGAGGAGGUGUCCUUACGAGCCAAAGAGAAGAAGUGGCUGGAGUGGUGCGCUUCCUUCAACCAGCACACCCCCCUCGGCCAGCUGUGGCGCAACCUGAGGACUACUUCGGGAUAUCCCGCGCCCCGCCCGGCAGCCCACCCUCAUCCCCGCCAGGAGGCAGAGCGGCUGGUUGACACUUUUACCACGAGGGCCUCCAGCGACCAGCUACCAGCUCGCACACGUUGCCUCCAGGAACAGCUCCGACCGCAGCGUGAGAGGGCAGUCACGGAAGCAAGCAAAGAGCCUGAUGUGACAGACAUCCCCUUCACCCAACAGGAGCUUGCCAGAGCCAAGAGAGGACGGGACACGGCCGCGGGGGCAGACGGCGUGACAUACUCCAUGCUGGCUCACGCCGGGCCAGCUGGGGACGCCGCGCUCCUGGCCCUGCUCAACGCGUCAUGGCGGGCGGGCCGCCUGCCGCCCGCCUGGAAGCAGGCUGACAUUCAGCCCAUCCCCAAGCCGAGGGAGCCCACUAAGCUGAGGCCUAUCUCCCUCCCCAGCUGCACUGGCAAAACAGCCGAGAGGAUGGUGCUGUCCCGCCUGCAAUGGCGCGCCGGGGACAUCCACCACAACGUGUUCGGGUUCGCCAGGGGCCUGAGCACGGCGGGCAGCAUCACCACUUUGCUGGCCCGCACCAACAACCGGCCCACCAUCGCAGUCUUCCUCGACCUUCGCAUCCCUCGUGAGGAAGGGGAUUCGAGGAAGACUGCUCGCCUGGCUCCUGGACUACCUCCAACACCGCCGGGCCAGAGUUAG